UGUUAACGCAUUGCCACUGGCUUUAAUAAACCUUAUAAUUAUUUACAUACAUGACAGUCCGAUUUGGAUUUUGAUCUUUAAUUACUGUACUUUGAAAAUAUUCUCUCACUCAUCUGUAUGACCAAUGCUCCACAUAAGUCACAGUGUGCGGAUUGGACUUCCCAUGCCGACCCACCGCUGUGUGCACACUUAGAGCACCUCCGAGCAUUGUGCAGAGAUCAAAGACAGAUUCUGGGAAGUCACGCUGGGAAUAGGUAGGGGAAAUGGAGGGAAGCCUUUGUUUGCACGCAUACCUCGGUAUGGUAGUAGGGGAUGGGGUGAGAAAGUCAAAGACAGUAAGAGGAGAGGGAAAGGGAUAAACACAUACAGCCAAAUCGGAGGUAAAAAUGUUGAUUGUGAAGCCGUGUCUCUCUCCGUCUUCACUCCGUGGAUUUCUCCACGUCCUGCUGUGUGCCUGACUGAGGGCUUCUCCGUGAUAUUUACCACAGUGCCGCCUCGCAACGCACAGCGCCGGUUGCGUCGUAGUUCAGCGCAUGGCAAGGACAUCUCAAAUGGUUAGAGAAGAUCAUUCGUUCCUCCGUUUUUUUCAGGGAACAGCAAAUUAAAUCAGAGGGAUUCCCGAGGCGGUGCAAUGGUUUGACAUUUUAGAGAGGAAUAGCCUUCUUUUUUUCAACGUAGGCACGUGUAAACGGAUGGGAGUUAGAAAUGCCAACCAGCAAGCCAGGGACACUUGAAAAGGAUGAGCACUUAAAAUAUGAGUGGUCUGGACCUUCCUUUAUGAGAUAUUGUCUAAACGACAAAUAAUUUAUAUUUCCUCACCAGAGAGGAGGUGUGGAACCGCGCCGUGUCUGAGCUUUUGGUGGCACGUGAAGGGAUGACUUUUAUGCGAAGAUAAAGAAAGACAAGAGUCCUUGUAACUUUAUAUAGGUCACACGUGAUCACCCCGUAAUAUUAAGUAACUCAUAUUGUCUUUAUAGGCUACUGUGAGUAGCAGACUCGACGUGCGUUCUUGUGGAACUCGGGGAGGCACCCAGGUGCGCUCCAUGUUUCAUUUAGGACACACCGGUACCGGCGGUACCUGCGGGACAUAAGACACAGUUGGGACUUGGAAGCAGCGUUGGGCUGUGGGCCAGUAAUGCCGGACACAUUCUCACUCAUAAAGAACCGGACAGAGCCACGGCUGGGGCAGCUAGAGCGCACACUGGCCACGGAGGGGAGCGCCCGCCCCGCCUGGGUCAUAGCAAUCUUGGCAAGUGUGUUGAUCUUCACCACGGUGGUGGAUGUGCUGGGGAAUCUGCUGGUGAUCAUCUCGGUGCUCAGGAACCGCAAACUGAGGAACGCGGGUAAUGUGUUUGUGGUGAGUUUGGCAUUUGCUGACCUUGUGGUAGCGUUCUACCCCUACCCGCUGGUUCUGUAUGCUCUUUUCCAUGAUGGAUGGGCACUAGGAAACACACAAUGCAUGGUCAGUGGUUUCCUCAUGGGGCUGAGUGUCAUCGGCUCCAUUUUCAACAUCACUGGGAUUGCAGUAAACAGAUACUGCUACAUCUGUCAUUCGUUCUCCUACAGUCGGCUGUACAGCUAUCGCAACACUCUGAUCUUUGUUGCCUUAAUUUGGCUGCUCACAGUAGUUGCCAUUGUUCCGAAUUUCUUCGUCGGUUCCCUGCGCUACGACCCACGGGUCUACUCCUGUACCUUCGCCCAGAAUGUCAGUAGUUCCUACACGGUGGCUGUAGUGGUGGUUCACUUCCUGGUUCCCAUCGCAGUGGUUACCUUCUGUUAUCUACGGAUUUGGGUACUUGUGAUUCAGGUGCGUCGUAAAGUGAAGACUGAGGAGAGCCCUCGCCUCAGACCCAGCGACUUGCGGAAUUUUAUCACCAUGUUUGUGGUCUUUGUGCUGUUUGCCAUCUGCUGGGCUCCUCUUAACCUGAUUGGCUUGGCGGUAGCCAUAGAUCCGUCCCGCGUGGCUCCCCGUAUCCCCGAGUGGCUUUUUGUGGUCAGCUACUUCAUGGCCUAUUUCAACAGUUGUCUGAACGCCAUCAUCUAUGGCUUACUCAACAGGAAUUUUAGGAACGAGUACAAACGCAUUGUCACCUCUGUUUGGGUGACUCGGCUUUUUGUGACAGAGACUUCGCGGGCCGCCACGGACGGCAGGAGCAUGCGGAGCAAGCAAUCGCCACCUCUCAACAACAAUGAGUCAGUAAGAGAUCGCAUAAACAAAGAAUGAAAUUCUCAACUUUGAAAUCUGGAUCCACAAGCCUGUUAAAUGAUAAUUCCUGUAUUUUUAUGUGACAUCCAGAUAGUUGUGCAGCUAAAGAGUAUCAAGUAACAGAUGAAACUGGAAUACAUGGCUUGGUGGUUUUCUAUUGGCUGACAUCUGUCAGUUUAGGG